AUGAGAAGCCCUUUCAAAAAAGUUAUAUAUUGCCGCAUCAGGCUGUAUUCGAACACUACAAAAGGUAUACAAGGUUUUGAGGGCAGAACUCCCACCACGUUAUUCACAUGCGAUCAAGAAGAGAGAGAGGCCUUGACCACAACGGAUCCAUUCUUGGUCUACAAAAGCUAUAUAAGUCUGGGAAAGUUGAUAAAAGAUGAAUACCAGCUACGUGUCAUGAAGGAGUUUCAAAAACUUUACAACAGGUUGAUUGAUUAUAAACCUCAUAGCGCAAUGCCCGUGAAACAAGCGCUUUUGUUGAGAAAGUUAGAGAUUGCGCAAGCAAAAGAGAAGUUAGAAAUCGAAUCCUUGACGCAUGCGCCAAUUCACAAAUUCAAAAAAUGGUUUCAAAAGGAUGCGGAUGUUCAAAAGAUGGAAAUUGUAAAACACAUGACAGACGAGGAGGAACUCCAUGGUAUGUAUUCCCCUCAAGGACUCUUAGUACAUGGUGAAGUCGGCUGUGGGAAAUCAAUGUUGAUGGACAUUUUUGCUUCCAGCUUGCCACACGAUUCAAAAAUGAGAUGGCAUUACAACAGUUUCAUCUUGUGGGUAUUUGGCGAAAUCCACAAAAUCCAGAAAGAACGAAUGCUUACUGAGUCAGUGAGUCUGAAAAGAAAGUUUACAAUGGAAAAUGAGUUUAUUCUAUUUGAAAUUGCUCAAAAGAUGAUUGAUAAAAGCACCAUCUUCAUGCUAGAUGAGUUCAUGCUACCCGACAUUGCGGCAGCACAAAUAAUACGGAUAUUAUUUGUACAUUAUUUCAAACUAGGUGGGGUUUUAAUUGCAACGUCAAACAAACUACCCGAAGAACUUUAUUCCUCGGAAUUUAAUAAGUCGAAAUUCAAUUCAUUUGUUGGACUUCUUCAUAAUCGCUGUGUUUCGGUUGAUAUGCGCUCCAGCAUGGAUUACAGAAAACAUUUUGCUCAAAUGUCUCCCGGUGAAAAGAAUUUAAUAGUGAAAAAAAAUAAUCCGAUACACCAAGUACAAUGGAAUGACCUUCUCCGACGCAAGGCUGUGGGCUCAAGUGUCUCUGUUGAUAAUCUAAAUUCUGACGUGAAAGAACUUAAUUGGGAAGCAGCCGAAAUUUGUGUUUACAACAGAAAAUCCGUUAUUCCAAAGACACUUAAUGGUUCUUUAUGCUGGGUUGAUUUUAAUUACAUUUGUGGAGGUUCUUUUAGCUCUUCGGACUACAUAACCCUUGCAUCAAAGUUCAAAAUAUUUAUUGUUGACGAUGUUCCGGUCAUGAACACAAAAAAAAAGAACGAGGCAAGAAGAUUCAUCACAUUAGUAGAUGCAUUAUAUGAAGCAAGGUGUCAGUUGUUUUUAAGAUGCUCGGUGUCGCCAGAAGAGAUUUUUUUCCCCUCUGAGUCAAUGGAUCAAACUGAUAAUGAAACUGUGCAACAAGAAGAAAUGUAUGCGAAAACGUCAAUGCAAACCCUCAAUCCGUAUAGACCUAAUGUGUCAUCGUAUGACCAGGCUUACGCGAAAGUUUACGAGCAUGAGGGUAAAGAUACAAAUGAAAAUUUCGGAAACUUGAAGGCCUUCACUGGCGAAGAUGAGAAAUUUGCCUAUAAGAGAGCAGUCUCACGUAUCCAUGAAAUGGUGGCUUCUGAUCAUUGGCGAAGCUCUGACAGGUGGUUGCCCAUCGAUCAAUCAAUGAGGCCUUGGGAGAGAUCUAAUGGGCUACACCCCGUUACUAAACGGGGGAACUUUGAUCCUGAUGUUGAAUUUUUGGUUCUGCCAAGAGACCUCAAAGAUAUAAAGGAGACUUUGAAGGUAUCCAUGCCACGUGAUGUGAGCGCCAAGUUGAGCAUCCCUUUCAGGCAAUUCAAUGAGAAAAUCUCCCCUGAAUUUUUUAAUAUGCUGCAUUUUUGGGGUUUAGGAGAGUGGACAAUUGACCAGCAAAAAAAAAUCAAGGACAAAAUAGCCCAUUCUUGGGUUAGCGGUGGAAUUCGCAGAAAAUGA